AGGCUUGAUGCUGACACAGGUCCUUUCUGGGCUCUUUGCAUCAGCUGUGGCUCCAGUCUCCCAAAGCUUAGUGAGUGAAAGUGUGCAGGAGACAAGCAGAGGUUUUGCCUUCUCCAUUCUGGCAAUGUGUGCAGGUUUUGGCGGUUCGGCCUCUGCAUUUCUAUAUGGUUUGUUUAGUUGGCAGGUUGCAUACCGCAUGAUGGGAGGCCUCACGCUGACGUGUGCAUCCUACAAGGCUGCCCCUUUGGAUCCUGCUGUGCCUACCAGCUGACGUACGAGAAAAGCAGAGCAGGAGUUUGAUGCGAGAGAUAGGAGCAGAGUUGGAACAGUUGAAGGAGAUUUGUUGCAUCCCAACAUUCUUGGCAUUGCUGUUUGGCGGUGUUGUUGGUUGCAUCCCCUGGAGUGCUCUCAGUUUCUUGAUGAUGUACCUUCAAAACUUGGGAUUUUCAGCCACAUCUGCCGCCAGCCUACUGGCUGUGAUGUCAGUGGGGCGCAUUUGUGGUAGCCUUCUGGGAGGCAUCCUGGGAGACUGGUUUGCUUCCCGGUGGCCCUUGCAUGGUCGCGCUCUGGUGGGGCAAAUGUCCAUAGCGCUCGGUGCAGUACCAUUGUACUGGGUGCUCAGAUGCUGCCCGCACAGUGGAAGUUCUUAUUCAUUGCUGGCCGCUGCCUUGUUCAGCUUCUCGUUGUUGGCACUGUGGUGCAACCCAGGGGUUGAUAGACCACUCUGGUCAGAGCUGGUUCCACCUGACAGUCGCGGGAAGAUCAUUGGCUGGUGGAGAACGGUGGCCGAAACCUGCGGGAGCAUCUUUGGGGGGCCAGUGGUCGGAUAUCUCUCCAUGGCGGUGGGAUACAGGCCCAAGACCAAGGAGCCAGGCAACGCGGAGUCCUUGGGCACAGCCAUGUUGGUUUGCACCAUGCUGCCCUGGGCAGUGUGCUUCUGCUGCUACUCUGCCAUCCACAUCACCUAUCCCAAGGAUCGUAGGAUGGUCAGCGAGACCAGCCGUUUAUUGCCCGGGGCCAAAGAUGGGCUUCCACUGAAAUUCGAGAGCGGAUGAGGUUUGGAUGACCGAUGGCAUCAGAUACAGCCAGCUCCUGUCGUUUUCACUUCCCAUUGUGCUCUGUGCUAUCCCGUGCUACAUUGUGCUACGGAGCCACUGAAGCUCCCAUUAGGCCUCCCAGCAUCCAUUGGGUCAGCUAUAUGGAAG